AUGCCACUGGCGCUGCUGCGAGACUGGUGCAGGUGGAUGGGCGUGAAUGAGGAGCGCUCUCUGCUCCUCCUGGGCAUCCCAGAUGACUGCGAAGACCAAGAAUUCAAGGAUGCUGUGCAGGCUGCCCUGGGCCCCCUGGGCAGAUACCGAGUGCUGGGCAAGGUCUUCAGAAAGGAUCUGGGGUCGAAGAUUGCUUUGGUCGAGUUUGCCGAGUAUUUAAGCCGAAGCUUGAUCCCCCGGCAAAUACCAGGCAAAGGGGGCCCCUGGGAGGUUGUCUGCCUGCCCCAGGCCCCUGAUGCUGAGUCACAGGAUAGACCCAAUUUCCCUGCACAGCCCCAGAGACGAGCAGUGGUUGGUAGGGUAGGUGAGGCAAGAGCCUCAGGUGAUGUUGGAGGAAUAGGUGAGGUGGGAGUCUCAGGUGAGGAGGAAGCCACAGGUGAGGAGGGAGCCGCAGAUGUUGGAGGAACAGGUGAGAAUGGACCCACAGGUGAGGAGGGAGCUUCAGGUGAGAUAGGAGAUGCAGGUGAGGAGGGAGCUGCAGGUAUGGAGGGAGCUGCAGGUGAGAAUGGACGCACAGGUGAGGCGGGAGCCUCAAAUGAGGAGGGAGCCGCAGGGGAGGCAGGAGCUGCAGGUGAGGCAGGUGGUACAGGUGAGGCAGGCACUGCAGAUGAGGAAGGGGCUGCAGAUGAGGCAGAUGGUAUAGGUGAAGCAGACACUGCAGAUGAGGCUGGGGUGGCCGGUGAGGCAGGAGCUGAGGGUGAGGCCAGAGCUGAAGAUGAAGCAGGAACAUCCGAUGAGGAGGGAGCGGCAGGUGAUACGGGAGUUGCAGGUGUGGCUGGGUCUCUGAGCGUUGCAGGAGCGGCCGGGGAGGCAGGAGUUCCCAUGGAGGCUGCAGCUGCAGGCAUUGCCGGAGCCAUGGAUGAGCCACGGGCCCGGUCCCCUCAGUGGCGGCUGGCCUUGGAGCCCAUGCUAGAGAAUAUGGGCUACCUGGAGCUGAGAACCUUCUCUGGGAUGGAAGAGCCGGGUGAAGGGGAAGAGUCCUUUGAGAGCUGGCUGGAUCAUGCCAACGACAUGCUGUACCUGUGGCGCCAUGUGACCGAGAUGGAGCGGAGGAGGAGGCUGGUGGAGAGCUUGGGGGGUCCGGCGCUGGAUCUCCUGUGCAGCCUUCUGGCAGAAGAUCCCAACCUGGCAGCCCAGGAUUGCCUGAUGGCUCUGGUGGAGGCGUUCGGGAGCAAAGAUCCCCAGGUGAUCGCUCGGCUGAAGUUCAUGACGUGCGCCCAGCGGCCCCAGGAGAGCCUCUUUGCCUUUGUGAUGCGCCUGGAAGGCCUGCUGCAGUCGGCCCUGGGCAAGGGGGCCAUGCACCCAGCCAUCGCAGAUCAGCUGCGUGCCCGACAGGUGCUCAUGCGGGCCCGGCCCAACAACCUGAUGCAGAACAAGCUGAAGAGGAUGCGGAUGGAGAGAAGACCCCCCAGCUUCAUGGCGAUGCUGCAGCUCAUCCGGGAGACGGAGACCUGGGAGACUGACCCAGCGAUGGGUGAGCAGUUCCCAGUGGAGGAGGAGGCCCAUGGGGUCCUCGGAGACCUGGCUGGUGCCCUAGGCCAUAUGAUCAUCACUGAGGGCGCAGCUGCAGGUGGAAGUGAGGCCUCCCCAGCCAGUGGAGAUACCUCUGCCCAGGUUGCCUUUUCCAAGGAAGGUGGUGUUGAGGCCCUCCCAACGGGUGAAGAGGCCAGUAAGGCAGUUGGCAGCAGCACCGAGGUUGCCCAGGCUGCUCCUGAAGCCCGUGGUGCUGCCAGGGCAGCCUCUGCCCCUGGGGAGACCACUCAGGAAGAUGGAAGGGCUCCCAGCCCCCUGGGCCUAGGUCAAGCAGCACCCUCAGAGGCCCCUUGGGGCUCCGCCACUGCCUGGAUGGGCGGGGCUACCCCGGUGGUCCCAGGAAGUCCUGGCUGGGAGCCAGAGGGUCUCCCCCAGGCAGGAGACCAGGAGGCUGAGGAGCCCCCCAAGAAAGGGCUCAAGCCCGUCCCAGAGGAGUCCGGAGAUGAGGAAGGGGCUGUAGAGAUGAGCCCCCUAGGAUUCUCCUCUGGUCAAUAG